CUAACAGAUUUAUUCUAUUAUUUUUUUUUUUCCCUGGCUGUGUCUUUGGUUCCGGAGGUGAGGAGGAGAGGCUUUCCCUGCGGGAUGAGCCUGGGAUGAGCAUCCCUGCCGUAGGGAGGACACCGGCUCUUUGCCUGCUCCCUCCUUAAACCUUCGCUUAAGCCAGACGCCGACCUCAGGGCCAAAAGUCCUCGCCCUGCUGCAGAGCAGAGUCCAGCGCAAUGGGUAAUUGGAGCUAAUCAAUGAAUGAAACUGGCCUUCGCGUCGCACGGAGGCAGCUGCCGCCGCGCCGAUGGAGGAGGAGGAGGAGGAAGAGGAUGCCCGGAUGGGCAGGGAAGCUUCUGCCGUGGAGAAAUGAGAUGAAAACUUCAUUUUCCGGCUGCCUCAUCGCCUGUGGCGUCUCCCUGAGCUCCCCGCUGCUCGCCGUCCUCAGCCCCAGCCGUCCCUCGAGGCAGCACCCCCGGGUGGGUGCCCACCCUGCCGGCUUUGGCUGCUUGUCCCCCAGCUCUGGGGCAGUUUUGACGCCCGCCCCAGCGCAGGGAGUUGGUCUUUUUAUAAGAAACACGAUUAAUACGAACCAUCUCCCGAUGGAUCCAUGGCGGGAAGGAUCCAGGCUCCAUCUCCGGCCGGUGUGCGAUGCUGCAGGUCGGGGUGUCCACCCGGACGCCGUCACUGAUUUUCCUCACUGGACGCGGUGAGCCCGCCGGCAGCUCCGGGGGCCGGCACGGGAGAGCUGGUGGCAAAGCGCCGCCCCCCCUCGCCGCCCGCCGGCUCUCCAUGCGAACCGCGGCCAAAUGGAUGCGAUCGCGAGCGCCGGCCUCAAGAGGAAGUUUGAGGAUGCGGACGUGGGCUCGCCGGGCUCCAACUCGGACGACGAGAUCUCCAACAGCGACAGCGCCGAUAGCUGCGACAGCGUCAACCCCUCCAGCUCCACCGGCUUCAUACCCACCUCCAUCCUGAAGCGGCAGAAGCAGCUUCGCAGGAAGAAUGUCCGCUUCGAUCAAGUGACCGUCUACUACUUCGCCCGACGGCAGGGCUUCACCAGCGUCCCCAGCCAGGGCGGCAGCUCCCUGGGCAUGGCCCAACGCCACAACUCCGUCCGCCGCUACACGCUCUGUGAGUUCGCCCAGGAGCAGGAGGUGAAUCACCGGGAGAUCCUACGGGAGCACCUCAAGGAAGAGAAACUCCACGCCAAGAAAAUGAAGCUCACCAAGAACGGCACGGUGGAGUCGGAGGAGGCGGACGGCCUGACGCUGGAGGACGUCUCGGACGACGACAUCGACGUGGAGAACAUGGAGGUGGACGACUAUUUCUUCCUGCAGCCACUGCCCACCAAACGCCGCCGAGCUCUGCUGCGAGCCUCCGGUGUUCACCGCAUCGACGCCGAGGAGAAGCAGGAGCUACGGGCCAUCCGCCUAUCCCGGGAGGAGUGCGGCUGCGACUGCCGCCUCUACUGCGACCCGGAGGCCUGCGCCUGCAGCCAGGCGGGGAUUAAAUGCCAGGUGGAUCGCAUGUCCUUCCCCUGCGGCUGCUCCCGCGACGGUUGCGGUAACAUGGCCGGUCGGAUCGAAUUCAAUCCCAUCCGAGUGCGGACUCACUACCUCCACACCAUCAUGAAGCUGGAGCUGGAGAACAAGCGUCAGGGCGGGCGGCCACCGGCGCCGGAGGAGGAGGCGGCCGCCGCCGCUGCCGCUCACGGCUCCGCCAGCGACUGGCUGGGGCCGCAGCCGGCCGAAACGCAGGACUUCCAGGAGUUCAUGGCGGAGAACGAGACGGCUGUCAUGCACUUGCAAACGGCAGAGGAGUUGGAGAGGCUGAAGGCUGAGGAAGACUCCAGCAACAGCUCCGGCGUGGAGAGCUUGGGCGUUUGUAUCCUGGAGGAGCCCCUGGCCGUGCCAGAGGGUUUGUGCCCGGCUCUCGCCGCCCCCAUCCUCAUCCAAGCCCAGUUACCUCCGGGCUCGUCCGUCCUUUGCUUUGCCGACGGCUCGGAGCAGGCGGCCUCGGUGGUGGGCAACCAGCCCUACUUGAACGAUGGGCCCGUGGUCUACUACCAGGUGGAGCAGAGGCCGGUGCUGGGUGCCAAGGGCGAGAGCAGCCCGGCGGAGCCGCCGGCACCGUCCUCCUGCCCGGGCGAGAAGGACCUCGGCGUCCUCCCCGUCCCCGUGGUGACUUGCAGCCGAGCCGCCGCUGCUGCGAGCAAGGGGGAAGCAUCCAAAAAUCCUCCCUCGUCCCCGGAGGCUGCGCCGUCCUCCGAGGGCUGCCGAGCGGCGGCUGCUCCCCGCUGCCCAGGCUCCCUGUCCCCCCUGCCACCGGAGCAAGCCCCGGAGCGGGCGCACGAGCCGCCCUCCGCUGAGGAGCGCUCGCUGGGGCCCGUCCUGCCCGUGUGAGCCGCCCCGUCCCCGCCUCGGCGCUCGUUUAUUUAUUGACAAUAAUAUUUUAUGGACCAGCA